CCACGGCCCCGCGCCCCGCCCCCCGCCCCCGCGCCGGGGAUGGAGCCGCGGCGCUGAGGAGCGUUCGGGCGGCCGCGGCGCGCGGGAGAGCGGCGAGGGGCGGCCGGAGGCACUGCCGCCGGGGGAUGCGGAGCGGGCGCCGCCGGGGGACUGCAGCGGCUGGCCCCGAGGCGCGGAGGGAGGCGGCGGCGACGGCUGCUCCGCGGGGCUGUGCGUAGCCGCACCGCGCCGGCGGGCGCAGGAAGAGGGGGCCGAGGCGGCGGCGGCGCAGUUCUCCUUUCCUGGCUGCGGAGCGAGGCGGCAAGAGGAGGCGCCGGGUGCCCGCGGCCGGCAGCCCGGCGGCGGCGGCGGCGAGGCGGGCUGCGUCUCCACUCCGCGCGAGGCGGCGGCGGCGGCGGGCGGGAGCGGCUGGUCGCCGCCGCCCCCCGCAGGACUGAGGCCGCGGCGCUCCGCUCGCGGGCGGCCGGCGGCAGGAGCGGGCGGCCACGGCGGCCAGGACAGCCUUAAGACCUUGUGGAUGGAAAACAUCUCCUUUUGCUUCUGUGUUCAUGACAGAAUGGCCUAGGCCAACCUGUUGCUUUAUGGAUCUUACCGCAGGUGCUCUACAGCAGUGCAGUGGGAUCUUGGCACCAGUGUUUGUGGACUAUCCAGAUGGCUGUAAAUGUACAGAGAAGAGGAGCUCAAAAUUUGAAGUCAUGGUUCUUGUUCAAAAAAAGUAUGAAUUUUUGAAGUCAUUGGCAAAAUGGGAUUGCUGUUUUCUUCAGAACUCGCCUUAUUUUCCAUACUUCUGCUUUUGAUCAAAUGUGGACUUGAAUGCUAACUUUUAAAUUUUUGAUGGAAUGAAAGUUGGAAAGACUGCUCAGGUUCCCCUUCUGGAUUACUGAUCUACAAUAGAAAGCUAUCAGGAUUAGAGGUUUCUGCUGUUCCUCACAUAUAGAACGUGGUCUCUCAAACUGGAUUAAAGCAAUCAGUUGCUAUUUUUAUUUAUACUUUUUAAUUUUUGUAUUUGACUUAAAGUGCCAUGAGAAAAUUUGCAUAUUGCAAGGUGGUCCUUGCCACCUCAUUGGUUUGGGUCCUUCUGGAUAUGUUUCUAUUGCUUUACUUCAGUGAGUGCAACAAAUGUGAUGAGAAAAAAGAAAGAGGCCUGCCUGCUGGAGAUGUUCCAGAACCUAUACAAAAACCACAUGAAGGACCUGGAGAGAUGGGGAAGCCUGUGGUCAUUCCGAAAGAGGAGCAAGAAAAAAUGAAAGAAAUGUUUAAAAUAAAUCAAUUUAAUUUAAUGGCAAGUGAACUGAUUGCACUCAACAGAUCUUUACCUGAUGUCCGGUUAGAAGGGUGUAAAACGAAGGUGUAUCUAGACAACCUUCCCACAACAAGUGUUGUCAUUGUUUUUCACAAUGAGGCUUGGAGCACACUUCUGCGAACUGUUCAUAGUGUGAUAAACCGGUCACCACGACACAUGCUGGAAGAAAUCGUACUCGUAGAUGAUGCCAGUGAAAGAGACUUCUUGAAGAGACCGCUGGAGAAUUAUGUGAAAAAAUUAAAAGUCCCUGUUCACGUGAUUCGAAUGGAACAGCGUUCUGGAUUGAUUAGAGCCCGAUUAAAGGGAGCUGCUGCUUCUAAAGGCCAGGUCAUCACCUUCUUAGAUGCUCAUUGUGAAUGUACAGUAGGCUGGCUUGAACCUCUGCUGGCAAGGAUCAAAGCUGACAGGAGAACAGUAGUGUGUCCCAUCAUUGAUGUAAUUAGCGAUGACACCUUUGAAUAUAUGGCAGGUUCUGAUAUGACCUAUGGUGGAUUCAACUGGAAGUUGAAUUUUCGUUGGUAUCCUGUUCCUCAGAGAGAGAUGGAUCGACGGAAAGGAGAUCGAACCCUUCCUGUUAGGACACCUACAAUGGCAGGAGGUCUUUUUUCAAUAGACAGAGAUUACUUUCAGGAGAUUGGAACAUAUGAUGCUGGAAUGGAUAUUUGGGGUGGAGAAAACUUAGAAAUUUCCUUCAGGAUUUGGCAGUGUGGUGGCACUUUGGAAAUUGUAACUUGUUCACAUGUUGGGCACGUGUUCAGAAAAGCAACGCCAUACACUUUUCCAGGAGGUACAGGGCAGAUAAUCAACAAAAAUAACAGGCGGCUUGCAGAAGUCUGGAUGGACGAAUUCAAAAACUUUUUUUACAUCAUUUCCCCAGGAGUUACUAAAGUUGAUUAUGGGGACAUAUCAUCACGACUUGGACUAAGACGCAAGCUCCAGUGCAAGCCUUUUUCCUGGUACCUGGAGAAUGUUUAUCCUGAUUCCCAAAUUCCACGGCAUUACUUUUCUCUAGGGGAGAUAAGAAACGUGGAGACAAAUCAAUGUCUGGAUAACAUGGCAAGAAAGGAAAAUGAAAAAGUUGGAAUCUUUAACUGCCAUGGAAUGGGUGGAAAUCAGGUUUUUUCAUACACUGCCAACAAAGAAAUUCGAACAGAUGAUUUAUGUUUAGAUGUCUCCAAACUUAAUGGCCCAGUAACAAUGCUCAAGUGCCACCAUCUAAAAGGAAAUCAGCUUUGGGAAUAUGAUCCAGUGAAAUUAACCCUGUUGCAUGUGAACAGUAACCAGUGCCUGGACAAAGCCACCGAAGAGGACAGCCAGGUACCCAGCAUCAGAGACUGCAACGGCAGCCGCUCGCAGCAGUGGCUGCUUCGCAAUGUCACCCUUCCAGAAAUAUUCUGAGAGGUUCUACAGAAAAGCAAGGAUUGACUGGGCUACCUCGGCUAAUACUUUGGCUACACCGUUAAGUAGCAACAGAAGGAAACCUCUGCUCAGCAGGAUGCACAGUUCUUCAGCUGUUAGAACUUGUAACUCGUGCAGCUUUUCAGUAGCUGUGAACCAGCCUUCCUGUAAUAAGGAUGUGAAACUACCACACAUAGUAGGGAAACUGCGCCCGCUGAUGUUUACAAGGUUGAGAGUGUCUCUUCUGGCAAAUAACCUAGAGAACAUUUGGACGAUGGAAAGAUAAUCAAUGAAAUAUUCUCUCUGGAGAGCUGCAUAUUGUCGUAGUUUGCUUGCACAUCAGUAGCCUCUGCUGAAAGUGCUAUUGUAAUGAAGACAUUUCCAAGAACUCUUUUCUGGUUAGCAGCAGUGGUAACCAGCUUACUAAGUACAGAUCCACAAAUGAAUGAAGCAGAGAGCUGGAGACCAGAUUCAGUAAAAUGAAAUAAGAAUUCUGUGGUUUAAAAAAAAAAAAAAGUAAACAGGGUUUAAUGGAAACUAAAUCAGAACUAUGAAAAGUACAAUUUGUUAUAGUGACGUAUCAAAUUUAUAUGUAGAUUUUAUACCUCAAUGGGGGAAAAUAACCAAGUCAGAAGGCAGGUUUUUUUUAAUUUUGUGAUAGUCUAUACAUUUUUUUUUUCCUGGUUGGUCUAAAGUUAUUUUGGGCGCAAACAAAAUGAGCAUAAGAAUAAACUUAGCUCUUUGAAUGUCAGUUCAACUUUUUUCACUUUAAUUUCUGGGCUGUUGGAAUUGUAUCUUUUUAUCACUGUCUGAAAACUGGAGGUUAACAUGCUGUCAAACUUUUUUUGUCUAGACCUGCCACUUCAGUUUAUACUUGGGUCAGUCAGCUUGUGGACUUUAAUGGCCAAACAAAAGAUUUUAGUACAUUUUGAAAUCCUUAAGUUAACUUGACUGAAUAUGCUUUGCACCCAAGAUUCAUACUACUGUACUAUGGUUUUGUUUUCAUAGCAAUGAAUCUUUUGUUACUUGUUUGAUUUCGGCCAUCAGAAAGCCUGAAAAAAAGAUUUAUGAUUGGGUAGCAGGAGAUUGGCAAAACUGAAGGUUUUCUGGAAUCCUUUUUCACUUCAUAUUCAGAUGUGCUUCAUUGUCAAGUGCAUAUUUAGAUUAGACUCUGAAUUGUAAUGUUGAUCUGCUGCUUUUUUUCUAAUAAAACCUAAAGAAAAAUA